UCCUGUCAGACUUCCUCUACCGAGCCCCAACUGACAAAAUGGUAAAACUACUGCUGGAACAAAAUGUGCCUGUGUACAUGUACGUCAUGAACACGACUGUGGAAGCGUUCCAGUGGCCCGAAUGGCGUCAGUACGCUCACGACGUUGAACAUUACUUCCUGACCGGCGCGCCUUUCAUGGACCAAGAGUUCUUCCCUGUGAAACAACGCAUUGACAGACAACAGUGGACCGGGAACGAUCGGAAUAUGAGUCAUUUCUUUAUGAAGGCUUAUAGCGAUUUCGCUAGAUAUGGGAACCCAACACGUUCUCAGAUCCUAGGUGUUCACUUCGAAGUUGCAGAAGCAGGUCAACUGAGGUAUCUGAAUCUCAACACGACCUACAACUCAACCAUACAGCUCAAUUACCGGCAGACGGAACUUGCUUUCUGGACUGUAUAUCUGCCUACUGUCAUUGGCCGCUUCGUACCUACGUAUCCGCCUAUUACCGAGUACUGGUGGGAGCCAACGCAGCCCCUGCAGAUCGCGUUCUGGUCGGUGUCAAGCGCAUGUCUCGUGCUAAUUGUGUUGCUAGUCGUAUGCUGCAUGCUCUGGCGGAACGCUAAGCGAGCUGCACCUCCGAAAUGGAAAAUGGUUCCGCCGAUGGAAACGGACCGCUACUACAGCGAUGAUAUCUUCAUGAUGCCGGCGGUGGACGAACCGGGCAUCGAGAAUUCGACUCGAUCUCGUGACAACAUCUACGAGUACCGCGACGUGCCUGUCAAGCGACCACAAACACCACAUACUCCACAGACGCUUACCAGAGCUGCAAGCUCACCACACACUCUGGCACCCCGACCCGCGUCGCAAGCGUCCACCGGCUCGGCGCAAUCGCUCAAGGAGAGCAUUGUAUCGCGAAUGCCCGACCCAGUGCCACGGCCAAGGUCUAGAACGCACCUUGUUCAUGGCGUACCGCAGACCACUGUCUAGAUAACUGCGCGACAUUGUCUUAAAGAGUACGCGCGAGAAAGCUUUUAAAAUGAUUUUGUACCGUCUACAGAUGAGUUUAAUUGUUACUGGCCAGCGAAUUGACUAGUUGCGAGUAAACAUGCCCAGUGUAAUCAUGUUCACAUAGAAGUUGAAAACCGAGCUCCUUUUUUAUUUAGGACACUACAAUUUGGGCCCCAAUACCACGACAAUACAAGCUGCAAUUGAUCAAAGCUACUGUUUCUAGUGAUAACAAAUAAAUCAACUAGAUGGCGCUUAUUACAAAGAUUUUUUAUAGAUAGUGCUGGCUACUCUUAAUUUGUUUAGAAAUAGCGCCAUCUACCUAUAUUAGGAAGCGUUAAUUUAUAAAUUAGUUUAUAACACAACGCCAUCUAUUGACACGCAUAUUGUCAUUGUUCAGAAAAUAAUUUUAACUCCUGAUUAAUUCCAAUAUUACAAGGAAAAAACUGACAUGUUAAACAUUUCAUAUUGAAGAGGAAUUAAUUGAUGUCCAUAUUACAUAAUACAAACUAUUUCCAGGCUAUCGAUCUGUGCCCUUUUACCCCGAUAACCUAAUUAUAACGAAACCGUUGCUCUUUCGGGAUAUAUUUGAUGUUUAUCGCAAAGACACGAUUAGGUUCGAUUAGAUUGUUAGAUUAAAAAAAAAUUUUCCUCUUAAAAUCACUUACGACGUUAUAAAAAUUCGAGCAAACCUGAUUUCUGGAAAAUGUCAUUUCGUACUUCUGAUAGGUAACCUACUAGUCCUCUUGAGUGUGU